CCACAACAGCUUGAAAAUGCAUAUUCCGAGAAUUAAUGGGGAAAUACCUUCAACUGAUGAAGCAAUGUCAGAUCACGAGAGGCUGUUGAACCGGUUACAGUUAUAUGGUUUUGUUGAGAACAAAGUACAAGGAGAUGGCAACUGUCAGUUCCGCGCAUUAUCAGAUCAGUUGUACAGCACUCCUGAGCAUCACAAACUUGUCAGAAGAAAAGUUGUAAAUCAGCUUAAGUCUCAUCCUGACAUAUACAAAGAAUACGUUCCCAUGGAUUAUGCUGACUAUUUGAAGAUGAUGUCCAAGAACGGUGAGUGGGGGGAUCAUGUAACAUUGCAAGCUGCUGCAGAUUCGUAUGGUGUGAAAAUAGUAGUUAUGACUUCAUUUAAGGACACCUAUUACAUUGAAAUUCUUCCUAAUGUCAAGAAGUCGAAAGGAGUUAUUUUCUUGAGUUUUUGGGCUGAGGUGCACUACAAUUCUAUCUAUUUUCAAGGAGAUAUCCCCUCAAGUGAUUUAACAAAGAAAAAGAAAUGGUGGAUUUUUGGGAAUUAGAACCUGACAUCUCUGGCUGGAUACUCCUCCCUCUUCUUGCUGCUGCUGCUAGCUGAUUUACUUGUAUAUAACAAGAUGUGAAUGUGGUGAAAAGAACACCCUGCGUUCUUAUAUUCAAUUUUUUUUACGAGCCUACAACAUUUCAGUUACUAGUUUAUUUAAAAAAAUCCUCUGAUAUAUAGUCAUUAUUUUCUUCUCAUUCUGUCAUCUUACUGUUAUACCAUAAGGUUAAUGAUCUGCUUCCUUAUAGUUAGUUAAUACAUGAAUGUAAUUAAACAGUAUUGUCAUUGACAUUGUCAUUUCUCUACUUUAUUGCACUUGUUGUAGUGUAACGCAGUGGAAAA